CCAAACCCACCACUUUUCACAUACCUUUGCAUCGGCUCAUCCAUCGCCAGCGCAGACCUUUGCGUCGUCAGUCUGCCAGCCCUCCUUUCCCAUCAUCAGGCUUUGUGCUUUCGUCGGUUCCGUUGGGUGGAAGGCAGCCAAGCAAACCCUAAGCCUCAGCCAACCAACCCCGAACCAACCAGCCACGCAUACCCACGACCGCAGCCAACGCAAAAACCCUUGCCUCGGCAACGACAACAACCACAAACAGCAGAGACCACGCAGCACUUCACAACUCGAUCAGUCGACGAAUUGCAACCAUAAGCAAAACCAAGUCGAGCACACCCAACGCAAGCCAGCAGCAGCCUCGCCAGAAACGCGAGCAAAACCCCCCUCAUCCUCGUCGUCCCCAGCCACAGCAUCGCUUACAAACUCGCUCCAGAAACACUCGCACACCACCAGCCAGCGCGUGAGCAGACACCAGACACCACCCACCGAUCCACCCCACACCACACGAGCACGAGCCAAACACGAGCCGAAGACGGAGGGCACCCCUUUAUCUCAUGUGGAGGUGCUGCCAAUCGCUACAACAGCACCAACACACGAAACAGCAGACAGCCAUGCGCUGUCGGCUUCCACCUCCCACACAGAUGGCCUUGGCCGCUGUGUUGUUGGUGACUGCUACUCUGUUUUCAGCAGCUCCAUUGAUAUCAAGUGCGGAAGCACACUUGAUCAACAUCCCAGAGGACUUGCAGUACAAGUUCUUCGCCGUGCCAGAAGCUACGUUUGACGAUGCAAAUGCAGCCUGCGUGGCCCACGAGGGCACCCUCACCUCCAUUGUGUCCACACAGGAAAACCUUGAGAUCAACCGCAUCCGCGCCGCAGACACCAGCGGCCACUCUGAGUUUUGGAUUGGCCUGAGGAACAUUGGCUGCGAUUUUGAGUUCUUGGACGGUACCCCAUAUCGCCCCGACGUGCACGAGCAAUUCCUUCUCAACGAGGUUGAUCCUGUCACCUGCUCUUUUAGCACGAAAGUGUACGACUUGGCCAUGGUUCGUGGCGGCAGAUGGGCUCACAUCGACAACAGGAUUGGCCUGAGGAACAUUGGCUGCGAUUUUGAGUUCUUGGACGGUACCCCAUAUCGCCCCGACGUGCACGAGCAAUUCCUUCUCAACGAGGUUGAUCCUGUCACCUGCUCUUUUAGCACGAAAGUGUACGACUUGGCCAUGGUUCGUGGCGGCAGAUGGGCUCACAUCGACAACAGAACGGACACCGUUUUGGCUGGAAUGUGCAAGCGCAACUUGGUAUGCCUGCCCUCGAAAGAGUACCAAGAUACGGACAACCACGUGUGCAGACGCAUCAGCAGAUGUGCCCUUGACCAGUUUCUGCUGCAGGAGGCAACCUGGUCGAGCGAUGUCGCGUGCAAGAACGUCUCCACGUGUCACCCCACGACGGAAUACGAGGCAACGGCACCGACAGCGACCUCAGACCGCGAAUGCCGCCCAACAACGGAGUGUGGCGAGGGCACAUACAUCACGGCCCAUCCGACCCCCACCACAGACAGAGAGUGCGCGCGCGUGUCACCGUGCAGACCAACGGAGUUUGCAGUGGCGCAGCCAACAGCGACAACAGACCGUGUGUGCAUGGCAACACGCAUCUGCACACCUGGCCUGUUUGAAGCACAGUCGCCUACAGCCACCACAGACCGCGUGUGUGUCGCCAAAAACACCACGUGUGACCCCGACUCCUUCCGCAACACGUCCACGAACACGUGCGAGCUGCUCACCACGUGCCAGCUCGGCGCCACAUUUGAGGUCCUGGCGCCCCAGCCUACCAUGGACAGGGAGUGUGCACCGGUGUCACAGUGUGGCGACGGCCAAUACGAGACGAACGCCCCCACGCUGCUCUCUGACCGCACAUGUGCGAACAUCUCCAUGUGCGGCGAUGGCAUGUACAUGGUCGUGCCCGCAACUCCGACAUCAGACGUCGUGUGCCACAGCAAUACGGCAUGCAGGGCGAACGAGUACGAGGCCAUCAGCCCAACGCCAACAUCAGACCGCUCCUGCAGAGAGUAUGAUGAGGUGCCCGAGUUCCGAGGGGCGGACGGCGCGCUGCUGCUGAACCUCUACGACUAUCUCGUCUUCGUUGACGGCGGCCAUCUUGACCUCGGGCCCUUCCACACCCUCGCAGAGUCCAUCAUGCAGCUGGGACCAAGCGGGUUUGCUGUCGGCGACGUCAUUGCUCGCUACCGCAUCGGCUACCUGGACAACGGCAAGCCCCCGCUUGUGCUCAUCACGUGGGCGCGCGCUGUGCAGGUGCUUGUUGAUUACGCGGCAUCUGGUGGCAGGGAGGGCGCAGAGUGGAUUGAUACCUCAGCCCUUGAGCUCCGACCAACAGCAAACAACGGGCGUGACAACAUGCUAGAGUACGAACUCGUGUAUGUGAAGCGCGUGCAGCGGCUGCAUGACGCCGACAUCCGCGCGCUUGUUGUCAACAUUGACGCAAUCAACGUCUACUCCCCCGUGUGCCGCCCGGACAAGGACACGUUUUUCAACGAACCCUGCCGCUCCAACGUCACCACGUUGUUCUACCUCGACACGUUCAAGGGCUGCAUUCCCCACAUCAACCGCGUUGUGCUGCCUGGCGAGGUCACCAAGAUUGAGUGGGACGUGCCCCAGCCCACCAUCGUUGGCAACCCGCUGUUGUUCCAGACUGUUGAGAUCAUUCCACUCAUGGCGGAGCCGGGCGCGGACCCGGAUAACCGCCUCUUCUCCCAGGGCGUGUACGACGUCGUCUAUGGCAUUGAGCCGCAGGCGCUCACACGCAACGUUGAAUGCCGCAUUAGGAUCACGGUUGCGCUGGGCGAGUUUGUUGAGAUCAACGGCGUGGCUGCAGAUGUCAUCAGCACCUCUCCAUAUGCAGAAAACGCCUAUCUUCUCGACAACUCUGGCACGCACGAUGUCGCCAUUGCGGAUUCUAUCCGCGUGCCGGCAAACUUUCGCUUGAGCGUGGGGCUGCAGCUUGCGGCCCCCAAAGGGCGACGCAUCCACGUAACGGUGCCGCCCAUUGGCGAGGUGGUGGUGCGCUUUCAGGUCGGGUACUGCUCGGACAACAACGAAACUAUCACCGUUGGCGCCGCGGCACCACAGAUCACGUUUGAUGGCCUGGACGAGGACGUUGCCCAGCCCAUCAUCUCCAUCGACUCGGCAUCUGGGCUGUCGCAGAACGGCCGUUGCUACAACCUGUUUGCAGAGACCGCGCCCAUCACGGCGGACAUUGAGUUUGACCGCGUGUCGCUGCUGCUCGUGUCAAAGGACCUCACCACCGUGACACACCCCGUGGCCAAGCUUGUGGAUGUGCUGGACAUUGAUGGGGCUUCAGUGUACAGCGCAGGCCACCGCGCCAAGUUCUUUGAGCACCUGCUUGCUUCAUACUCAACGGCCCUGCCACAGCCCUGGAGCCGGAUCACCGCCACACUCACCAUCCCUCCUCCAGACCAAGACCUUCAUGGGCAAGUGUUUGAGUCGUUUCAAGGGAACAACAACUUCGCUGCUGCCGCCGACGGCCUCACCACACGCGAGUCAUCCACAGAUGAUGAUGCAACCGCCACAACCACGACAACGACAACGACCACCACCGCCACAACAACUUCGCUCCCUGCUCCCUAUGACCCUUCCACGCCCUUUUUGACCCUUGACGACAACGUUCCGCCCAUCUUUAUUUCCUGUCCAUCCGACAUCUCCAUCGUCCUUCCUGACAAUGCGACAAGCGCCGUGGUGUCGUGGGAGGAGCCACAGGCAUACGACAACAUCGCCAUUGCCCGCAUCGCAUCCAACACCAAGCCCGGCAGCGCGUUUUCGCUUCUCGACUCACCGCAUCGCGUGGUGGUCACGGCCUGGGAUACAAGCGACCUCACAGCCACGUGCUCGUUUCUUGUGAAUGUGGCAGUCAAUCCUCGCACCACCGCCACCACCAUCCCGCUCAAGUACGCGGCGUUCAACAGCCGCUCUGGCUGGAAACUGCAGAACGGCGGCAUUGUGGAGAGCGCAGAGGUCGACUUCAUCGACAUGACUCAACUGCGAGACCACCAGCUGCUGUGGUCAAUGCCCACAGCCCAUGGCGUGGAUGCCAACGAGUACAAGCUGCGCAUCCAACCAAACAACGGAGAUCGCUUCUCCAUCACGUACCGUGGCCUCGACACGCAAGCCCGCCUUGUCGUGGACAUGCUCCUGGUGGACAACGUGACGCUGCGCACGCCACACAACCACACCUCGCACGCUGCGUGGCCUGAUGCGUACACACGCGUCACCAUUGUUGAUCCGCGCGAUUUGAAUGGCGAGGCCGUCGAGCAGAAACUGCACUGGUUCACGAGUUCCACGGAGACGAGCAUUGUGCUGCAGCCAGAUGACCCCACGACACCAACGCACCUGCGGUUUGCCGGUGAGGGCAGUCUACCAGCGGUGGAUUUCACGUUUGAGGCCAUUGAAGUCUCUCUUCAUUGGCCCCACGUCCCGCUCGCCGUCGAAAUAGCGAAUGCAAGUGCACGGGUGUCCACGCCAGCAUCUCUGGCGCCUCCACCCGCAACAACACCACACGGCCCCGCCACCACCACCACCACCACCACCACCACCAUCACCACCACAGCAGCGGCAACAGCGGCAACAGCGAAUGUAAGCAGCACUGUGGAUGAUUCAGCCAACAAUACAGCAACGCACCACAACGCGACAGCGACAACAACUGGGCCACCACCAUUGCCCACAGGUGCAGCUGUAAGUGCCGACGAGCCCGUGUGGACGCACAUCAUGCCGUUCAGCAUACACGUGAACAGCGCCCUGCAAAUGAAUUACGCGUUCACAGAUCCCGUUGAUAUGAGGGUUGUGCGCACGCAGCGCCACCACAUCUUCGGUAUCGCAGACAGCGCACCGCCAAGCUUUGGCGACUCAUGUCCGUCGGACAUUGUGGUUGACGCCGCCCCGGGGACGGCAGAGCAGAGGGUGUGGUGGAAGGAGCCUGUUGCGAUGGACAAGUAUGGCAUCAUCGCAGUGACGGCUUCGCACACGCCCGGCUCUGUGUUCUCCAUGCUGCUCGCGCAGUUCUCGACGAGUGACGCUGUUGCGAAGUCCAAGGACGAAGAGGCAAGGCACGGGUAUCACACGGUCACGUACACGGCCAUGGACACACACGGGCUGACUGCCACAUGCUCCUUCACCGUCACGGUGCGCGAUGUGGAGCCACCGACCAUCACGUGUCCCAGUGACCAUGUGUACGUGGCUGGACUCGGCACGAACACGGUGGCGAUCACACCAGACGUCACACGGCCGCCCACGAUCAGCGACAACGCGCUGACUGCAUGCGAAUCAACGCUGAGCAAGGCUGGCCUUGACCCAUCACCCUGCCUGACGACCUCAACCCCAUCACCAGAGUACGGAGUGGGGUCGCAUGUCAUCACCCUCUCCGCAUGGGACGCGAGCGGCAACGUUGGCAUGUGCACGUUCACCAUUGUCGUGCGCGACGAAGAGCCCCCGACCAUCUCCAACUGUCCCACCCUGCAGCCUGACAUCCUCACCACCAAUGACACGGCUCGCGUGAUGUGGGACGACGUUGGUGCCACCGACAAUGACGUGCUGCUGCGUGUUUCCAGCAUCCCCGCCAAGGGCACGCGGCUGUCCAUUGGCACGCACCCAGUUGUGGUUGAGGCUGAGGACGUGAGUGGCAAUGUCGCGCGCUGUCGCUUCAACGUGACCAUUGUCAACGUUGGUGCAAGCUCGAGCAAUGGCGAUCAGGACACCACCACCACCGCGGACAAGAUCGGCAUCGGAGUGGGUGUGUCAUUAGGUGUGCUGCUCGUCCUCAGUCUGGCCGCUGCCGUGAUUGUGCUGUACCGCCGCAGCCGCGCGAAGCCACACGACUUUUCAGACAUGUUGGAGGACAUGCACCUGCAGUGUAUGGACAGUGCCACGAACGACCAGCCCGUGAAACCCAUGGAGCUGAAGCGGUCCACUGUGUUCACUUUGGAGGAGCUUGGGAAGGGCAACUUUGGCAUCGUCUUCAAGGGGUGUGUGCGAGAUGGCGUGAGGCCAGAGUACCUUGUCGCCAUCAAGCAGCUGCAUGAAUCGGCCGGUGCUGUUGCGCGGCAGGAACUGCUUCAAGAAUGCGCAAUCAUGGCCCAGUUCAACCACCCGCAUGUGGUGCGCCUGAUUGGCGUGGUGACCGCUGGCGAGCCCAUGCUGGCUGUGCUUGAGUACUGCGAGCACGGCUCCCUCAAGCACUAUCUCAAGAGCAAGGACAUCUCGCUUGCCGAGCGGUAUUGCAUGGCCGCAGACUGCGCUGAAGGGCUGACGUACCUCACCUCGCGUGGGUAUGUGCACCGUGAUAUUGCGGCGCGGAAUGUGCUGGUGAACUCUCUCCUUCACUGCAAAAUCAGUGACUUUGGUCUCUCCCGCGAGAAAGGCCCCGAGUCCGAUGCGUACUACCAGGGGCGCGGCGGUCCACUGCCUGUGCGCUGGUGUGCAGUUGAGGCGCUGGAGGACCGCAGAUUCACCACGGCAUCAGAUUGCUGGAGUUAUGGCAUUCUGCUGUAUGAGAUUUGGACAAAUGCUGAAACCCCAUACAGCAACUGGAACAACCAGAGGGUGUGGGCGGAGGUGACAGGCGGUUAUCGUCUGCCACAGCCUGAAGAUUGCGUUGACGAAGUCUACAACCUCAUGUUGAAGUGCUGGGACGUUUCGCCCUUGCAACGCCCCUCGUUCUUGGACAUGGCGGUGGUCUUCCACCGCCUGUACCAGGCGACGACAGCCGAGGUUGGCAACGGCAGCAUCAACGACAACGCAGCUAACAACACGGGCAGCGCCAACGCCGAACGGGGCCAAGGCGACAACAACAGCACCACCUACGACGGCUCUAUUGACAAGAGGCUGCCGCCGCAGCUACGGAAGAUGCCUGACCUCAAGCAAUACUGCAAAGGGCAGUACACACUCGAGCGCACGGUGGCCAGUCGCCUGUACAACGCGGGCCGACACGGUUCACCCCGCUCGUCGCGUCCAACAUCGCCGCAGACAUCGCGCCGGCGCCGAAACGACAACGACUACGAGGGCUCAGCGCGCAGGUCUGGCUCUGGCUCUGGCUCCGGGCGGCGCGUGAACCGCGCUAGCCACCGUGCUAGCGCCAUAUCUGUGGACACGGAUGCCACGGCGUGGGAUGACACGUACCAGUACAGCUCGUACUCGGAGUACGGUGACUACAGCGGCAGCAUCUACCGCAAGCCGCGGCACAGCGAGAACGCGUACGGUGGAAGCAUCUAUGGCGGUGUUCCCAGGACAAUUCCGGAAGAGGGCUCGGAGGUGCUAUCGAUCGUGCCGCCAUCCGAGCUUGAGACAGGUGAGGCAUUGGAGCUGCAAGACAUUGUCGUGAACCCGGAAGGUCCGUUUACACAGGGCCGCGGUGAUGACUACGGUGGUGUUGAUGAUGGUGAUGACACUCGUGGCGGUGGCAGCAGCGGCCUCAAGCAGACGGGCCGCCAUGUUGCUGAACACACUCCCGCCAUCCAACCACACCAGCACCAGCACCAGCACCAGCACCAGCACCAGCACCAGCAGCCGCAAUCGCACGACACGAGCGCGCGGAGCAGCAACACGGUUGGCUCGCGUGAGAUCGAUCAUGAUGAGGAUGACGAUGGUUGCGGUGUUGACAGCGCUGGUGUAGAGCUGAGCCGCCUCGACCUGUCGUUUACGCUCGCUGGUUCUUCAUCCCCGCACCUGCAGCAACAGCAACACCACCACCACCACCGUCACGCAGGCAGCACAGCUCACAGCACACAGACAACGGCGUUUGGGAAGGGGGCAGCAAGGAGCACCAUGCAGGGUGUGCCGGCGCCCGCUGUCAACAUGCGACCAGAGCAAUCAGCGUCACCACCACGGUCGUCGACACCAGAAAAGAUGGACGUGCCAACAGACCUGACUCUGCGCAUCUCAAACUUAAGCAGGUUCACGUCGCAAGUUUGAAAGCAAGCGACGUAUGUGUGUGUGUGUGUUUGUUUGUUUGUUUGUGUGUGUGUUUGUUUGUUUGUUUGUGUGUGUGUGUGUGUGUGUGUGUGUGUGCUUGUGUUUAUGAUUGUUGAUUUCAACCAUCGAGUUUUAGCUUUGAUCGCCUGUGUUGUUGACGUUUUAUCCGACAGUACAUGCCGUGUCAUUGUGCCUUGUCCACCUUGCGUGUUUCUCCUGUGCCACUAGAACAACCCCCCCCCCCCUUGUCUCCUCUCAUUGCCUUUC